AUGUCAUCGGCAAUAUAUAUUCUAGAUGAGGGAUUGAAUUUGCUUAUCCAUAGGGAAUAUAAGGAAGAGUUAAAUAAUGACUUCAUUAUCGAAAAAUUCAAGGAGUUGUUCAUUGAGUCGCUCCCUGUAUCUCAGCCCAUACUUUAUUCAGACGGCGUCACAUAUGUCUGCUUAAGGUGCGACGACGUCUAUAUGAUGUCCCCUGUAUAUGAAGAUGUCAAUGUGAUGCGCCUUAUGACGUUUUUAAACAAGUUCUCGCACGUGUUAAGAAGUUAUUUCAUUGAAUACCACUUUCUUGAUAGGUGUUCUAAGCGAAUUGAUUCUGAUCUUAUCAAAGAUAAUUAUAUUCUAAUCUACGAAUUAUUUGAUGAGACGUUGGAUUGGGGGCUUCCCCAACUUACUGAGUUCAGUAUUCUCAAAGAAUACGUGAAACCGAUUGAGCAGAAGGUUGUAAUGACAGAAAAGGAGAAGGAUAACCGCAAAUCGGAUGCUGCUGCUUCACUGGAUAAGCAGAUAGAGGCCGACAUUAAUUCGAGCAUAUCAAGAGCAUCAACCGCGAUGAUAUCUUGGAGGCCUAAGGGUAUUUUCUAUAACAAAAACGAAUUCUUUAUGGAUUUCGACGAGCAUUUGAAAUUCAAGUACAACUUCAACGCGAAGAAGGUGAUAGUAAAUCACAUAUCAGGACAGAUAUUAUGCCGGAGUUUCCUUAGUGGAAUGCCUGCUCUAAAACUAGAACUAAACGAGCAGAUCGAACAGAAAAAUGACAAUAGUGAACUUCUAGAGACCAGAAGCAUUUUCACCAAUGUUAACUAUCAUCAAUGCGUUGAAUUGAGUGCUAUUCACAACAGUUCGCUCAGUUUUGUUCCACCGGAUGGUGAAUUCAAGCUUUUAUUUUAUCAGAUCUUGCAAACAUCUGUUUUAAAGCCAUUGAUCUUAGUCAAGCCUCUUUACCGCAUCUUUUACAAAGAGGGAAGAUUUAUACUUCGAAUUAAAGCAGAGAUACUUACAAGUUUCAAACGAAAAUAUUCCAUGACAGAUAUUGCCAUCAAAUUUCCAUUAUUGGUACCUCUGGAACCAUUCAAAAUUGAUUUUGAUCAGCCCUUAAGAUAUAAAACGAAGUUGGGUAAAGUUACGCAUAAUUUAGAUUCACAUUCGGUCACUUGGCAUAUAGCUAAACUUGAAGGUUUGUCUAAGGGAGAUAUGAUGUGUGACUUUCAAUUGGUGGUCAAGCCGAAGCUUUUUGAGGAAUAUGAGGAGGAUAUGCUUCACAAUAAGCAGUCAAAAAACGAUCUCAUAUAUUUUGAUUUACCAUCAGAGGCUAGUAACUUGAAAGGAAAAUCAAAUAAUAUGGCUUUGAGCUCUGCGAUGGAAAAUGUAUUGGACUCACGAGCCGAAAAUAAGGAUAUAUUGGUAACGGUGGCUUUCAAGUUGAGUGCCAUGCUCUACAGUGGAUUGAAGGUUAAUUACUUGCAAAUCAAAGAACCUCAGAUAGAUUUUCACAGUUUUUCUUGGGUCAAGUAUAAGACUAUAUGUGAGGGAGAUGAUUACUCGUUUGUAGUGAGCGAUGAUCAAAUACAGGUUGACUUGACCGAACAGCAGAUAGCUGAAUCGGGAAAUAUCCAGACUUCACCAAAUGAUAACACUAAGGAGCCUAAUUUUAACGAGAGAGAUAAUGAUAAUAAUCACGGAGAUCAACAUAAUGAUGAGAUUGCACCUGCUGUACAAUCCAGCACUGUAUAUAGCUACGGGGAUAGAGUGAUUGAUUUUGAGGAGUAUAAAAUAGAGGGAGAAGGAGCAAAUGAUCAGGCAUCUGGUUAUCCUUCUAAAUAG